AUGUGGAACAAACUCAUUCUAUUGAGUGUUGUAGCACUUACUUUUAACUACCUUGCCUUAGCCUACAAGCCAAGCCCCCUCCAAGAUUUUUGUGUAGCCGACCCCAACAGCUCGGUCAAAGUAAAUGGUGUAACAUGCAAGAACCCAAUGCAAGUUCAAGCCGAGGAUUUCUUCUUUAGUGGGCUACACCUCAAGGGUAACACAUCAAACCAAUUGGGAUCAAAGGUGACCCCAGUCUUUGCAACUCAAUUACCGGGGCUAAACACAUUAGGCAUCUCAAUGGUUCGAACUAACUAUGCACCAUGGGGACUUAAUCCUCCUCACACUCACCUAAGAGCCACAGAGAUUCUUACAGUUCUUGAAGGGACUUUACAAGUUGGAUUUGUCACUUCUAAUCCUGAUAAUUCCAUACACCAGGUGUCUCAAAGUCAACUACGAUACAAAAUAUAA